AUGGUCACAGAAAGCGUAAAUCAUCGAUAUCCGCCUUCGGCUGAGUUUGAUCUGCCCGGCCGGCGCAGAGUACAUCCACCUCAUUUGGACCAUUUGACUAUCGACCCACGCGCUGUGCGAAAUGCAAAGCCCUCUCCAAGAUCUCCACACUAUCCAGCACACCCUAUACCUGCUCAGCGAUCGAGAUCGCGUUCGCCUCUUCCUCGAAAUGCUCCACACAACGAACCUCCCUGGCCGUCACCUCAACCGUAUCAGGCCUACCAGGCUUACCCAGGACCCUCGCAGGGUCCAAGGAGUGAAUGGCCAGCUCCCAGACCCACCGCUCGCCCUCCUCUACACGCCACACCUCCCGAAUCUCUUCCACGUCAAUGGCUACGAGACGACGAGACCGAACGACCCAAUCACCGCAAAGCCCCACCUGCGCGAGGAGGCCUCCGCAUAUCGAUGUCCACUUCCCGGCUCCACGGCAGACGUCCCAGGACCCAAGAAUCCAUGGAGCGCCGCCCGCAGGAAAUAAGUCCACAAGGCCUGCCUUUACCGCGCUUUCCGGUCAACGGACCCGCUGAUGAAAACGCACCUCGGUCAAGUGUCAACUCCUCCGAAACCUGGCGCUCGAGCAUUGAACAAACAAGUGGGACAGAACGGAGUAGUGUUUUGACCAAGAGUAGCUCCAUCACGGACCUAUCGCCUGACACACCAGAUGCGCCGUAUGGAAUGGACACUGGGAUGAGUGUCGAAGAUGCGAUUUCUAUGUAUCUCGAUGGGUUCAGUGACGUGACCGAAGAACCCGGCUCACCAAAGUCUCAUGCGGAAAGCAAAGCGCCGUCAAUCACACCUCCUCCAUCCCGCGACACACAUCUGGAUGAGUUGCACCCCUCGAACUUUACGUCGUUGAGCGACGUUCCACCCAUUCCUCCUCUUCAAGAUCUUCCAACGUCGCGACAUGCAUCUCAAGAGUCCGCUUUGCAGGAUACGACAUUUUUGCCAAAUGUAACCUAUUCCGAACCCACACCUUUACAACCUGUACUCCCGGAAUCACCGCCCGAGUUCGCGCCAUUGGAGCCUACAGUCCAGGAGUAUCCACCGGAGGCGGAGCCUUCUAACCCCGUGGCACCGGAAUCUCCGCAGCCUGAGGUCACUCCAGAUUCGCCAGUGGCUGAUGUACCUGAAGUACAAUCAACACGUCAACGCCAGCCCUCAAAGAUAUUCAUUCCCGGAUUGGUGCCGCCGCAGCUCCUUUCUGGGAAUGGCGCUCGCGAUGAAUACGGGUUCCGAAAGGCCACACAGUAUGUGACGCUGGAUCAGCACGAAGCUUGGAAAGGGCCCUACUCCAACCAUGUGGCACAACGCAGGAACAAGUGGUGCGAACUGCUCAGGGAAAAUGGCUUGUCUACAACUGAGCCGGCGAAAUUCCCUCCACAGUCUUCAAAGGUCAAGCGAUUUGUGCGCAAAGGGAUUCCACCUGAAUUCCGAGGUGCGGCGUGGUUCUUUUAUGCCGGCGGGUACGAGCAUUUGAACCGGAACCUUGGUCACUAUGAUAGGCUUGUGGAGCAAGCCAUGAAUUCGGCGAGCAAUGACGACAAAGAGCACAUUGAACGUGAUCUUCACCGCACGUUCCCAGACAACCUUCAUUUCAAACCAGAGGCCCCUGCGCCAACAGAGCAUUCCGGCAGCAGCAACCCGGCCCAUGCCAAUGUAACAACUGAAACCCAGAUGAUCCAGUCUCUACGUCGAGUCUUGUACGCCUAUGCCCUACACAACCCGAAGAUUGGAUACACUCAGUCUCUCAACUUCAUCACGGGCAUGCUGCUUCUAUUCCUACCCGAGGAAAAGGCAUUUUGGAUGCUUCAUAUCAUUGCCGCAGACUACCUGCCUGGAACUCACGAGAUCAGUCUUGAAGGUGCCAACAUUGACCUUUGGAUUCUCAUGGUUCUGCUUCGGGACUCAAUGCCGGGCAUCUAUUCUAAAAUCGCUGCGAUGGGAGGAACCCCGUCUGGACGGGGUAAGAUGCCUCCUCUCACGGUCAAUUCUCGCCUGCCCGAUAUCACCCUUGGUUUGACCAAUUGGCUUAUGUCGGUUUUCAUCGGCACGUUGCCGCUUGAAACCACUUUGCGCGUGUGGGACGUGUUUUUCUACGAAGGAUCGAAAAGUUUCUUCCGGGUCUCUUUGGCCAUUUUCAAAGCUUGCGAGCGAGACAUUCUUGGCGUCACCGAUCCGAUGGAAGCAUUUCAAAUCGUCCAAACCGUCCCUAAAAAGCUAUUAGAUGCCAACGCGUUGAUCGACGAAUGUUUCGUGCGGAGACAUCGCGUCGGACAGGGACGUAUCGAAGAGCUUCGAGCGUUACGACGCACUGCGGUCCGGGAAGAAAAGCUCCGACGAUCGGUUGCCUUCAGCAAAGGCCAGCUUCAUUCGGGGACCGACGAUUUCACCGGCCGCGCGCGCACGCCGGUCCCAGGCAUUGAGCAUCGCGUUGUUGGUUCUUGGCGCCACUUGAAACAGCAUGCAUUCCGCUAA